CCAGCUUAUUUUGACUACAAGGAUGAGUCUGGGUUACCGAAGCCUCCAUCGUACAACGUGGCCACCACACUGCCCAGUUACGACGAGGCAGAGAGAACCAAGGUUGAAGCCACCAUUCCCUUGGUUCCUGGGAGGGAUGACGAUUUUGUGACCCGGGAUGACUUUGACGACACCGACCAGCUGAGGAUAGGAAACGAUGGCAUCUUCAUGCUAACUUUCUUCAUGGCAUUCCUCUUCAACUGGAUUGGAUUUUUCCUGUCUUUCUGCCUGACCACUUCAGCUGCAGGACGAUACGGGGCCAUUUCUGGCUUUGGUCUGUCCCUUAUUAAGUGGAUCCUUAUCGUCAGG